CUCUCAAUCUGGUCGCCUGUAAAACCCUAGGAUAUUCUCCAUCUCUUUGGGUUUGUGUGGGUAAUCCAUUUAUACUCGUUCCUUUUCUAAAACUCGAAUUCUCCACUUGUAUGUCUAAUCUAUGUUCUCCUUAUAGAUUAUUGAAGAAUACAAGUUUAUUCAACCCUUUUGAGAAGAAGGUUAAUAAAAAUGUGAGGAAAUUCAAAAAAAAGGGGAUGCCAUACUACCAUGAGUUGUGGCGCAUAUUUGGGGACACGUCUGCCACUGGAGUGCAUGCUCACCCUUCAAACAAAGUCCCCUUUGGUAGUGAUAGUUCAGAUCCAGAAUCCAAGAUAAUCGAUGAGCCAGAAGUUGAAAGUGCUGGUGGUUCAAAGACCAAGCCCAAGGCUAAAAAUAAGAAGAGAGAUUCCAUUGUAGCAAACAUUUCAAGUGCCUUAAGCAUAUUUGUUGAAAACGGAAAGAGGAGGGUUGAUGUAAUGGAAAAGAAAUUGCACUGCUCCCAUCCCGACUGUAGUGGGGUGAGUGAAAGUAUGACCAUAGGGGAAAUGGGUAUUGGCGCUCUUGCUGCCGGAAUGAAAGAGUGCCAAGCAUUGCUUAAUACUAUGGAGGACUUGGAUGAAGAUUCGUACAAUAAGGUUUUGGAGAAGCUGCAUGGUGACGUUCUUUGGAGGCAAAUGUUCUCGGAUAUGCCUGAGAAAAGGAGAAUCGCUUGGAUCAAAAAAUUUUAGACAAUCUUAAAUUCCGAAAAGGACUUGAAUUUUUGUUAGGUUUUUCAUAAGUUAUUAUAAUUAUGUUUUAUGCUCCUGUGAGGUUGAUGUUUGGACACUGAAAUCGUUUUUUCUUUCUAGAAUUGUUUUUGAGCUGAAAGUCUAAUGAAAGUACUU